AUGACUGGGCGCAGUUUCUGUUUGUUAACUUGAAAGUGAAGCACACAUCUAAACUGUUUAAAAGAUAAGGGUGGAAACUUAACAGGAGUCAAAAGUGAAAAGAAGACCACAUAUCUGUGAAAAGUCAACUGCCUAAGAAGACCAUGGAGCUGGGGCAGUAUAUAAUUAUUGGUAUUUGUGCUGUAAAUGUGGUUUGGGGAUGCCCCCAGCAAUGCCACUGCAAAGACAAUGCUACUUCUUGCAUGGGCUAUAGCAUUAAAGACUUUCCAUCCCCUAUUCCAUCAACAACAAAGUCUAUACACAUUUCAUAUACAAACAUAUCUUCACUGAAACCUGCUGAUUUUGAUGCAUUUUCUGAAACUCUGACAAAAAUCACAAUCAAUAAUUCGAGGAUAAAUGAGGUACGACGUCACACAUUUGACAAGACACACAAACUCACCACUAUAGUGUGUUCAGGAACUGAGUUGGUUUCUCUACCAGAGGACUUGUUUCAGAAACUACGCUCUCUCACCUUUCUGAUGCUGAGCAACAACAAACUAAAUGAACUCCCUCCAUCCCUGCUAACAUCUCUUCAGUCUCUGAAAAUCUUAGACUUAAGCAAAAACAACUUGAGUUCUAUUCCAGAGAAUGCGUUUCAGGAUCUAAUUCACUUGGAGAAGCUUAUACUGCAGAGAAAUGGCAUCAGACAAUUGCAGAAUGGAACUUUCCAUGGACUUACCAAGCUUAAAAUCUUGUCCCUUCAAAAUAACAACCUAAAGGUGAUCCCAGGCAAUGCAUUUGAGGACCUGGUAAAUCUGGAGACCUUGCAUCUGCAGAACAAUGUUAUCACAUAUUUACCAGCAGAACUUUUUGGACAUCAGCAGAAGCUCCAGAAACUCUACCUCUCUAAUAAUCAGUUGUCUUUCCUUCCUGAAGGCAUCUUCUUGAAACUCCCUAAUCUACAGCGGAUCUCACUUUACGACAACCAGCUGCAGAGUCUAUCUAUUAACACCUUUGGGCCCAUGUUACUGCAGGACCUGUGGCUGUAUGACAACAUGUUAACCCGGCUUGAGGAAAAUGUAUUUAGCAAUUUAACUCAUGUGCAACUUCUGGUGCUGACCAGAAACCAGAUCUCACAUAUCUCUCCUGGUGCAUUCAAUGGAUUGAAUGAGCUGCAAGAAAUUUCUUUGCACACUAAUUGCCUGACGAGCCUUGACGAAAGAGUGUUCAGAGGCCUUCCAAAAUUGGUCAAAAUAUCAUUGGAAAAUAACAAAAUUCAUUCCAUUCCAGAGAAGCUGCUUGAUGGUAUUCAUUACUUAUACCAGCUGGAGCUUCAAAACAACUCUCUAUCGUCUUUACCAAAGACAUUUCUAGACUCAUUAACCAACGUUGGCAGUGUGGUGUUAACUGAAAAUCCAUGGAGAUGUGACCAUGGCAUUGUACCUCUUCAAGACUGGUUAAAGAAAUAUCCAGAUAAAGUAAAAAAUGUCACAUCUGUUGUGUGCUUUAGUCCGUUAGACUUGAGAAACAUCAGUAUAAUAAACCUUUUCAGUCAUCCCCUUCCCACACCCACAUUUACACCCUCAGAUAACUCAGCAGUACUCUUUGAGAAAGCAGAGCUCAUCAUUGGUUCACUGGAAAUGCAUAUGAUCAUCACUGCAGUAGUCUGCACUGUAGCCAUUGUUAGUAUUAUCAUCUGUGUUGUCUGCUGGAGGCGGAACAAACAGGACAGUCAAAAAACUGUAAUAUAAUGUAGAGUUACUAAAACAAAUGUAUGUGGUAACCCCUGGGAUGAUAUCAUAUAAGAUCUUGUAUUCAAUAUAAAAUAAGUACUCAUUUUAAAUUGCUUGUUGCUAAUAGCCUUUCCAAAAUUUAACACUACUGGAAGGAGUUCAAAUGCUUUAUAAAAUGUAAAUGGUUAAAUAUAACCUUCUCAUUUUUAUAACAGAAUUCUGGGUAAAAAUUUGUUUUGUUUAAUGUAGAUUCUCUACAAACAGUCAAAAAAUAUCUAUAGACUGUUAACAACCUAUCAGUUAAUUAACUAAAGUAAGAAACUACAGGGCACAAGUUUAUGUUUGCUGAUGUUAGAUAUUAUAUACACACUCUAUAGAUUACUCUAUAGAUUUGAAAGGCCAAUCAAUCAUGUCUUUAAAAGAAGACCAACUGACAUGUCCCACAACUUGCCAUUACAACCACUAUGACCAUUCCAAAAACUACCACCACAUAAGAAACCACUCAGCCUGCAACUACACCAUCAACCACUUCCUCUUCUACAACAGACGACAACAGAAAGCCUUACAACAAUCACAACUUCAACCACAGUAUCCACCACUAUAGCAACAACCACACCACCAACUACUCCAACCACAGAACCAACCACUGCAUCUACAGCUUUAACCAUCUCAGUGAGAACAGUUGCAACUCCAGAGGCCACAACUACUACACACUGUACAACACGCACAAUAAGGAAAACAACACCAGCCUCCACAGCCCCAGGACAUUUCUCUGUAGUAGUUACUCCAACUCUCAGCAUCCCUCUCCUUGCAUGUUCUCUGUUUGUUACUGUAUGUAGUAGCAUAUGGAGAUGCUAUAAAAUAAGAUCAUGCAUUUAACAUAAAAUAUGCACUAAUUUAAAAGUACUUCUUGACAGUAGCCUUUCACAAAAUGGAAAGAUUGGCACAGAUUUUUUUUAUUAUUUUUUUAAGGCUUGCUGUGUUUAAACGUGUUUAAAAGUUAUUUUUGAUUUUAUUUUUAAUUUCUUUUUUAUUUCUUUUUUUUUUUGGUACCUAAGUUCUAGGUACUAGCCAGCUAAGCAGGGUCACUAGUUAUUUUAAGUGGAACAACAAUUUAAUUUGACAAAAGUGCCUGACAGGUUAUUAAGUAUUUACAAAAAAUAUAUAUAUUUUAUAUUUUAUUUUACCACAAGUAUAAGCAGUAAACUGGAAAAGCCUCAAAAUACUGGAAAGUUAUUUAUCCUAACAAAUACAUAUGAGUCAAAACUUUUUGUAGAAAAUUGAUUGUGAAUAUAAUUCUUUUCUUACUACCUUGUUACUCUAAAUACAUAAUCAAUGAUGAGGUAUUUUACUUUCUACAUUUCUACUUAAAGACUUGUCAGGCAUUGUGGUAUGAUUAAGUUGGUGCUUAUUAUUGUAUUAAAAAAGUUAUCUAUUUAUCAUAUACAACAUAUCUAUUAUGUUUUUGAUGUACCUUAGUUAAAGCAUAAUUGUAGCACUUUCUUAUCCAGUUAAUACAUAGAGCCAAGUUUAAAAAAUAAAAGAUGUUUGUGCAUGCUCCUGAUUUAAUGAUACAUACAUUAUAUUUAGUAAAACAAACACACACAAAACAUCGAUUUUCAAAUAUUUUUUCAGACAAUUAAUGGCUGACUGUCAGGGAUUAACUGCAAAAACAGAAGCAAGUGUGACAGUCGAAGUCUCCAGAAGAACUGUGCCAGGUUCUCCAAGAUGGUUUAACAAAACUUACCAGCCAAUUUCCUUAUAAAACUGCACAAAAUUUACCUGAGACUACUCAGGCAUUUUUAAAGACAAAGCCUUGUCACACCAGAUGUUGAUUUUGUUUAGGUUAAACUGGUUACUGCUCCUUACAGAAGCUUUAUUUAUGUCGAAAACAUUUACUUGUAUUCUUUUUAAGGCAUCUUUACAGCAUUUCUUUACAUGUGCCUAAGACUUUUGCAUAGUAUUGUGUAUAUAUUCGAAGAAAAUGAAUGCAGUAACAUUGCCUUUUCAUUUUGUAUAUGCUUCUUAAUACAUAUAAACUGUGUAUAUUUCUGUGUGGGUUGUUUAUGCUGGUUUGCAUGAGUCUAUGAAAUGGAUUAAAGAAACUAACAUGCUAAUUGUACUGAUCCUUA